UUUCGUCGGCUUUCCUAACCAGUUAUCUCCGCGAAAAACCAUGAUGAAUUAACUUUGUAAGAGGGAAGAAAAUUUGCCCUCACUAAUAUUAUCAGUCCGCAAGCGCAAAGUCUUUGUCCAAAAUGACUAUUCCAAGUAUCAGUUUAUUUGCAUUCGUAGCGUCCAGCUCGCAUUCUCGUAUUACUCUGAGCUCAAUCAAGCUGAUAACACCGCCGAUAAUUUCGUUUUGAAAGUUUUGUAGUUUUUAGUGAACAUUUUGUUCAUAUCCACUUCCAACCAAUAAGACUUAGUGAUAUUCCCCGUGAGUUAAUUUUUGAAUCGCAAUCAAGUUGUACUCUAGUUGCUCAAGUAGAUUUUAGUACACGAAAGAAAAACCUUCUUACGAAGUAGACUUUCACACUUGAAUUGCCUACCGUAAAUUUGAAUUGCAUAGAAGGCUGUAGGCAUCGCAUAAACAUCACGUAGGCGCUUUUUUCCCGCUUUUACAUUGGUAUGCUUGCCAUUUGACUCAAUUCCACAGCUGCUUGGAUCAGGGCUUAAUGAAAUUGAGACAACAUGGCUGAUACUUGUGAAGAAAGAUGGCAGACCAGAAAGAGCACAGUUCUGGAGAGAAACAUGCACAUGUAUAACAAUCCUGUUAUGAGCGACAUCAACUUUGCCUUUCCUGAUCACGAAAAGCGAAUCAUUUCAGCGCACAAAUAUGUCCUCGCCACCAGCAGUCCUGUGUUCUUUGUUAUGUUCUAUGGGGAGCUGCGCGAGACGAAUGAAACGAUUGAAAUUGGGGAGUCUGAUCCAGACAUCUUCCUCCAGUUUCUGCGUUUCUUAUAUUGCGACGAUGCGAGUUUUCAAAAUGAGAACAACGCUAUCCAGCUGUUGUAUCUAGCUGAUAAAUACGACGUUCCUUCGCUUGCGGCAAAAUGUAAUGAAUUCCAAGAUCGAGCCAUGGAGCCGCUAAAUGCCUUUGGUAUCGUCCCUCAUGCUCGGAAACUAAACCAUGAAAAGUUGGAGAGGAGCUGCUGGGAAGUGAUCGAUUACAACGCAAAAGAAAUCAUGGAUGAUAAUUCGUUUUCCGAGCUCAGUCAUGAAUUAUUGCUCGAUGUCGUCAAAAGAUCUUCGUUACGCAUCGAUGAGGUAUCAUUGUUCAAAGCAGUGGAUCGCUGGGCGACAAAAAGAUGCGCAGAUGAAACCAUGGCUGUGGAUGGAGCCAGCAAAAGGUCACUCCUAGGAGAGGAAUUGUUGAGGAAAAUUCGGUUUCCAGUCAUGUCGCCUCAAGAGUUUUCAGACGCUGUGAUUCCCUCAGAUGAGAUAAUCGAUGUCCUCAAGCAGUUUUCUUCUGUCUCUAUUUCCGGCGCAUAUAAGUUCUUGUCUGAUCCCCGAACAAAAGGCGAUGUGUCCGCUGAUUCCUGUGCGCUAGGUACUGAAUGGAGCCAUACUUCUGGGUCAAGGUCUUUCUUGGACAAGAUGCAUCGGUGGAAAAGAGGAGUGCUAACAUUCACACUGAGAAGGCCGAUUCGGUUGUGCGGUGUAACCAUCAUCACAAAAGUUUCUCACCCUGAGAGCGUGUCUGUCUCCAGAGGAGGCAAAAUUUUGCGAAUGAUCAAAAACCACAAAUCUCUGUUGGAACGAGAAAGGCCAGGAAUUAAGAGAAUUAAUGUAAUUUUUGAUAGACCUGUUCUCCUAUAUGAAAAUUUUUGUUACACUAUUGAAACUUCAACAGGUUCCACGCAUGACUCCAGUUUCGCCGUAUUGUCUUCUUCUUUGAUGCCCUUUUACUCAGAAAAACCCGACUCUGAACACAAUCGAAACAGAGUUAACUCAAAUACUUUAGUGUCUGGUGUUUGUUCCGGAAAAUUCACCCCCAUUCCAGCUGAUAAUCACUACAUAGGAGAAGUAUUGGCACUUCUAUUUCAGCCAGCCGUUAUGAAGAAGAAAUGAAUCCUAAUCUUCGAUGCAAAAAAACAAAAUCGCGAAGCAAAAAUGUAUGACACUUACUAUUUUUAGUUUGUAGAAUAUACAUUUAAGCGAGAAUAAGCUGUAGUUUUACUUUUUCCUUAAAUCAGUUAGUAAUUUCUAGGCGCGGGGCUGGCUUACUUGGUUACUGAAGCCUAUCACUGAAGUGUUGAAAACAUGCGUUCGACCCAAUUUAAAACUCUUCAACGGCUUUAUAGCCUUAUUACGACAGUUUCGACAGAUUGCGCAAACCUAGAGGAAAUUCUUUAGGUUGGGCCCCAUUUUGCAUUUUGGCAAAUCUUCGUGGAUGCAUUCGCUACUUCUCCGCAUUUGUAAUAUUCAGUCAGCAAUGAUAUCAGUUAUAUCCUAAAAAGGACGCUGAAUCUUAAGUUCCACUGUUAGUGGGAUGUGGGGUUAGUUGUGAAUAUGCUAUUUAUAAAACGAAUUUUUUUUUGCCUCGGGAGGGAUAAAUCGAUCGCUACUAGAACGGACGAACUGAUGAAUGUUCCAGAAAGCAAGUCUUUGCAGCAAGACUGGUUCUCAUAUCUUGUUUGAGAUCCACAACGAAGAAUGGAGUCCAGUCUUUUAGCAGACCCAUCGUGUAGAUCUGUUUUUGAAUAAGUACUGUCAUUGCUUUUUUGAUCAAAAGAAAUGGAAACUGGAUUCUUCUGCAGGUCUUAAUUUUUAGUAUGACGUUUACAUGAUAAUGUAUAACUAUUUUGGAAAUAAAAGCACA